AUGCCGUAUGCAAAUAAAAGAAAAGCGAAUAUUGAAAAACUGUUAAAACAAGAAGCGAGUAAAUGCAAAAAGGUAUCGGAUUUCUUCACAAAGAACGAAAAUGCAAGAACAUCGUCAUCGACAUCGUGCGAUACAAACGUUGAGAAAGAGUCAGAACAAUUAUUAAAUAUGGCGCCAAUUGAAGUGGAAAGCGAAGUACAAGGCACUGCAGCUACUGGAGGCACUGACCAAGGAGAACCUCGUAAAGACAAUGAACUGAAUGAAGUGGAUUUUGAUAUUCGAAAUUCAGAUAAGGAAGGUAAUGUUCAAUUUGUUCAUACACGGGCUCCUUCGAAUAAUAUUCCAAGCAAUACUACACCUUCGACCUUAUCGUCAACAAGCUCUGCAAAUAUAAACAGCAUUACUUUGGUUACAACAAGUGACGUUGGUUUGCCAAUAAGCACAGCAAACACAUCGUCAACGCAAAUGACUGCUGAAACCACUACUGAGUAUUACAGAGGCUACCCAUUAAACCUAAAAGCACUUCUAGGAAAAUUUGGAGAUGGUGUACUAUCUCAAUAUUAUGAACGAAGUAGAGUUUCAACGCAGAAUCGCCAGAAAGCUAGGGUUUUUGUCAAGUGUUGCAUCUGUGGUGAAUUCGAAGAGGAAGCAAAGCGCUUUUCAGCUAAUGGUAGAUUGUACAUGGCACAAGGUGUGCGUUGUGAUGGGAAGAAAAAGAUACAAGAUGUAAUUGAUCAUCUACUGGGGCCUUCACAUAGAGCAGCUCAAGAAAAGAAACAGCUAUCCAAGUUGUGGAAUGCCAAAGACAAACGUCACCCAUUUAUUAACUUGGCAACAAAAAUCCAACAGUUUUGA